AUGGCAGAUUCAGGAAAUGAGUGAGUUUUUAUAUUCACCUGAAAAUUUUGAUUUUGUAAAAAAAAAUUUAGUUCAAAUAAUAAAAAUUGCGCUGAAAAAUCCACGUGGAAUUUUUCUUCAGAGUCCCCAUGAAAAAUCGAAAUUCCAUUUUUCAUUUUAUUUUAUUUUUUUUUUUGAGAAAUGCGAAAUGGGAAUGUGCUGUUGUUGUCCUUGGAGACAUUGGUCGAAGUCCUCGAAUGUGUAACCACGCAAAAAUGUUGGCUGAUCAAGGAUUUCUGGUGAAUAUUGUUGGAUUUCUCGACUCGACUCCGAAUAAACAUAUUAUGGAUAAUCAAAAUAUACGGUUAGGGAAAUAAAAGAAAAAUUAAAUUGGGAAUUUUUAGUGGAAAAAUAUCGGUGUUAAUAUGCUUCUUAAAAUUUUAAUUUGAAUUGUCUUAAAAAAUUCAAAAAUCUGAAAAUUCAAUACUUAACAGAGUUAUUGAGCUCCAAAAUUUGAUUUUUGAAAAAUAAUUCAUUUGUAGAUUCAGCUUCUUUUUCAAUAUUAUCAUGAGUUAUGACGUGGCAAAUUCUCUGAAAAAGUUCAAAAAUCGAAUUUUUUCCUUGAUUUUCAAAACAAAUUACUUUUUGUUUCGAUAAUUUGCCACGUAAUAUUCCAAUUCAACCUCACCGAGCCCUUUUUUUCCAGAAUUCUUUCAAUUCCACCGCCACCCGAUUUUUUCGACAAAUUCACUCCAAUUUUUCAACUUCCAAUCAAACUUAUCUGGAAUUUCCUAACACUAUUUUUCGUUCUUCUCUUCCGAACUCAAAAUCUGAGCCUGAUAAUUUUGCAAAAUCCUCCAGCUCUUCCAACAAUUCCAGUUUGUUUCCUGAUUUCGAAAAUGAAAAAAUCGAAAUUAAUUAUUGAUUGGCACAAUUAUAUGUACUCGAUUUUGAAGGACAAAUAUGGUAAGAAUCUGGAUUUUUUUCAAUUUUUUCAAAAAAAAAAGAUUUCAGAAUUAUCGGAUGAACAAAUUCAGGAAAAUAAAUCGAAAAAAGCCAAAAUAGUUGGAAUUAUUGCAUUUUUGGAAGGAUUUUUCGGAAAAUGUGCAGAUUAUAAUUUAUGUGUGACAAAUGCGAUGAAAAAUGAUUUGAAGUCGAAAUGGGGGAUUACAGCUGACACGUUUUAUGAUAGACCACCCACGUGGAAAUUUAGGUUUGAUUUUUUGAAGCUUAUCAAGAAGAUUCAGCCUAUGACGUGGCAAAGUUAUGAUUUGUGUUAAAAAAAGUUUUUUUUUGUAAAUUUGUAUUUUGAGCUCUGAAUGCUCAACUCUCAAAAUGGAAAAAUUCCGAGCGGAAUUUUUUAGGCCAAAAGUUUUAAAACACGAUUUUUCGUGGCAAAAACUUGAAAAAUACAGAUUUUUAGCAAAAAAAAUUUGACACGUCAUAACUUUUCUGAGCCACGUUUUUUCAAAAGCCACACAAAAAAUUUAUGAAUUUUACAGUAAACCGUCUCCUCUCGAAAUCCACAAUGUCUACAACAAAAUUGGCUUGGAAAAUAUAAUCACAACGGAAAAAAAUGGAAAAAUUGAAAUAUUGGAGCCAUUCGAAAGACCACUUGUUUUAUUAUCUUCAACUUCUUGGACACCAGAUGAAAAAUUCGAAAUUUUAUUAGAUUGUUUAUUCGAAUAUAAUGAUUCGAAAAACUCAAAUGAUCCAAAAAUCUUGAUGAUCAUAACUGGAAAAGGGCCAUUAAAACAAUCAUAUUUGGAAAUAAUUGAGAAACGAAAAAUGGAAAAUGUGAAAAUAAUAACACCUUGGUUAGAAGCCGAUGAUUAUCCAGUUAUUUUAUAUUCCGCAGAUAUUGGAGUUUCUUUGCAUAUUAGUACUUCUGGUUUAGAUUUACCGAUGAAAGUUGUUGAUAUGUUUGGAGCAAAAGUUGGAGUUUUGGCGAAGAAUUUUAAUUGUAUUGGUGAAUUGGUGAAAGUUGGAGAAAAUGGUUAUAUUUUUGAUGAUUCGGGGGAAUUGUUGAGAUGUUUGAGGAAAUUGAUUGAAAAUUAUCCGAAUGAAUUGGAGAAGUUGAAGAAAAAUGUGCAAAGUGUGAGUUUGGGAGGGGGGGGGGGUGUUUUUCAAAUCAACAAAUUCCAAAAUGAUUUUUUGGCACAAAAAUCCGACUCGAAUAUAAAAACCCCAAUUUUUUCUUUUUCCAGCAAAACUUCGAAACCUGGGAAGACAUGUGGACCUCAACUGCUCAAAAAUCAGCCAAUAUGUUCUAUCCCUCCUCUUCGCCUCCUCCGAAAUCCUGGUUAAUAAGACUAGCUUUAGGUGCAUUUUUAUCACUGUCCCUAAGUUAUUUAACGCUUUAA